AUGGCCGUCAAGGAAGAAAGUGACGUCACGGAGGCUUGGCUAGUAAAUGAUGCCAAGGCGCUCGGCAUCAUCGCUCAAGGCAUUGAGAUCCAGCAUCAGACCAAGAUUCGGUCGGCUACGCGCGCCAUGGAAGCAUCGGGAACCCUCCGCGAUUUCUACAAUCGCUCGACUCUUUACAACCGUGUGGUGAUGGCUCGUCGACCGCACGAGUUCAAGAUAAAAAGUGGGACAAUCAUGGCAGAGCAUCUGGACUUUUUGGAUGAGCUGGUAGUGGGACUCCAGGCUCCGGGAGAGCCAGUUGGUGAGUCACGUCAGCUGGUGGUUCUUUUCGGCUGUCUGCCGUCAGAGUAUGACUUAGUUUCGUCGAUUGCGGAGAAUGCGAAGGACAUCACGUUGAAUGAAGUUAAGGAGAAGCUGAUCAAGGAAUCGAAGAAGUUAAAAAGCUAUGGAGAAAGCGUUUCGCGUAAAUGGAAACGCUAG